AUGGCACCUCUCGCCCUCCCUCGUCAAGCAUUUGGCUAUUUUACCUAUGCGAGUAAUGCAAUAAAUAUAGCAAUAGUCAUCAUUUAUAUCUACACCUACUUAGUACUCCGAGGCUAUAAAGAGCGAGAUGUCAACCGAAUGAAAUAUGUUUUCAAGUCGAUAUCCCUUACAGUUAUCAUUGUAUUGGUUGGCUGGACUACUGUAACUAUCGGGAAUACGGUAGCGAUAGGGUUAAUUGAGAAUCGAAGGAUUUCUGAAAUUGUGUCGAUUCAUGCUGGAUUUGGAGUGAAUAUCUCUUGUUCCAUUAAUGUCUUUGUGUUCUAUGCUAUCAAUUCCGAGUACCGAUCCGGGAUACGAAGACUAUUAGGAUUGAAAGUACACUCUACUGAUAUCAGCAAGAGUGAUCCAUCUGGGACUACGAAGCGAAUGAGUCUUGUGGCCCCUACUAUGUUGCAGUUUUAA